AUGGCCGCAGUGACGCAGCUGAUGGGCCGCGCCUUUGAGAAGUAUUUCUACGACUUCAGCCUUUACGACAGAUACUUCAAGAACUACAUCAAGAGCCGGGGGCAAUAUGUCGCUCUGCGACACGUUGCUUUCGUGAUGGUUGGCGUCAACCUGCUCAUCGACGUGAACUUCCCCUUCAACCCGCCGUUCCCAACGAUUGGGAUGUGCCCCGCCGGGUGGAAGGGCACGUGGGUUUGCGAGACGGAUAAGCACAAGGCCCUGGAGAUGUACAAGGAGUGGAAGUCGGGCAAGAAGGCCGUGGAGGCGCAUCACUAG